GUUUCUCUGACGCAGCAUCUGUGCAGAAGGAGAGAAAGGAGGAGGUUGAUCUGAUCUGAUCUGAACUGAUCUAUGUGGGCGUCGUAUCUAACGAACUUUAUUUCAUAGUCAAGUAAUCGUUGCAUAUAUAAAUAGACGGGAAGGAAUCACAAUGGCUCAGGCACUAAAGGAAAGAUUCGACAAGUUCCUGCACGAGAAAAACGCCAUGACAGACGUGUUGGCGAAGAUCGAGGCCAAGACCGGAGUGAACCGCUCUUACAUCGCGCUCGCUGUCAUCGCUGUUAUCUCAAUUUAUCUCGUCAUCGGUUACGGCGCUUCCCUGCUCUGCAAUCUCAUCGGAUUUGUUUAUCCUGCAUAUAUAUCAAUCAAAGCCAUCGAAAGCACCGACAAAGAAGACGACACGAAAUGGCUCACCUACUGGGUCGUUUAUGGAGUGUUUAGCGUCGCUGAGUUCUUUGCGGACAUCUUCCUGUCCUGGUUCCCGUUCUAUUACAUCGGAAAGUGCGCUUUCCUGUUGUGGUGCAUGGCUCCAACUCCCUCUAACGGCUCAAUCCAGAUCUACACACGCAUCAUUCGACCUUUCUUCUUAAAGAACGAGGCAAGGAUCGACACUGUGGUGAAAGACCUCAAGGACAAAGCAUCCGAGGCCGCAGAUAAAGUCAAAGAUGAGGUCAAGAAAGCCUCCGCUAACAUCAUCUUCGAGGAGAAAAAGAGUUCCUAAGCAGCAGUGAAAGAGACAACACGCUGAUAUGCACAAUUGGUACACAUCCCCAGGAUGAUCACGGGCCUGAAUAAAUAAAUGUUGCCUUUAUUUUUUUUUUGUGUGUCUUUGUAAACAACUGGAAUAUUCCUACUGGUUUUACUUGGUUGUUCUCUGUGCAAAUAGCAGUGCCUGGAAGGGAGUUCUGUUUAAAUAUGUAUUUCACAUAAUACCAAAUGCAAAUAAUGUUUGACUGCUGUGCUUCAGUCCUAGUAAAUAAAACUCUUACCUCCUACCA